CAUAACAUUUUUUUGUAGGUGUUGGAGCUUGGGCUUAAGCCUUGAGCUUGCUUUGUGUUGUAUUGUUUAAACUGUUUGAUUGUUUGCCGUAUAGUUUGUCUGAUUGAUUACUGAUUGAGUUUGAUUGUUUCCAGGUACUUUAGUUGCUCAGUUCCUUGUGAACUAUUGCUUUGCUUUGCUUAAGCAACUUGCAUUUGAGGGACACUUUUGAUCGAGAUUCUGGUUGAGAGAUUUCUGUUCAAAUAUGAGGACCGGUUUGAAAGACAAUGUUGCCUACAGUUUCUUUGAUCCAGAGAUUGGUGUGCUCAAGGAUAUGAUAGCAUUGAUUACUCCUGACCAUGUGGGAAUGUUUAGAGAGUCAUACGGCGGUAUUCUGAAGAUGGUUUUCAGACUCACUGACUGCGACAGGAGCGCCAUCCACACUCUUCUUCAGUUCUAUGACCCUGGGUUGAGGUGUUUCGUUUUUCCAGACUAUCUGUUGGGACCUCUGAUGGAGGAUUAUGUCAGCAUCCUGGGUAUUCAGAUCCGUGAUCAGAUUCCUUUCCAUGUCACUAGGGCGGAGCCGGAUGUCCUUGGGAUUUCACGUGCUCUUUAUUUGAGUCCGGAAAUGGUCAAGGAAGGUUGGAAGGAGAAGGGAAAGUUACCUGGAUUUCAUUUGAGUUUCUUGGAGGCUAAUGCCAAGGAACAUGCUGCUGUGGGUAACUGGAAGACGGUUUGUGCUCUGAUUGCUGUGAGCAUUUAUGGGAUUGUUCUGUUUCCUAACCAGAAGAAUUUCGUGGACCGUAAUGCUAUCAGGUUGUUUAUGCAGAGAAACCCUAUUCCUACCCUGAUUGGAGAUGUAUACUACUCAGUGCAUAACAGGAAUGAGAAGAGGCGUGGUGGUCUGGUCAGAUGCUGCUCUCAGCUACUCUUUAGGUGGUUCAUGGGAUAUUUGCCUUCCCGAGGUGCCUUUGUUCAGAUUGAUCCUAGUGUGAAGUGGUCCUUUCGAUUGAUGGGUCUGCGGGCUGAUGACAUUGCUUGGACUCAUAAUGGUUUAGCUGGUCGGGACUUCAUCUGCAGUUGCGGGAGUUUACCUAAUGUGCCUUUAGUGGGAGUUCAGGGUUGCAUUAAUUACAACCCGAUGCUUCUCCGGAGACAGAUGGGGUUUGCUAUAGAGGGUCCUCCUCUCGGGCGAGAGAUUCAGGAGUCCUUCUAUUUCCCGAUUGAUGGUAACCAGACCAAGUUGAGGCAGGUAUUGGACGAAUGGCGAGAUAUCCAGAGGAGGGGUAAGGUUCCUUAUGGCAAAGUCAACUGCCGGUAUUUUCCACUAUUUGAGGAUUGGUUGCGGAAGAGGAUUGAGUCUACAUUUCUACCGUUCCCUGGAGGUGACUCAGUGUGUCCUAGGAUUGAGGGUCCAAGUUCUUCUGUCAGCAUGGAGGAGUUCCUUGAGAUGAAGAGGGCCAGAGAUCAGUUACUUGCAGAGAAAGCGGAGUUGGAGAGAAGUGUUGCUCAUUUUCAGGCAGCUAAUCAGGAAAUCAAAGUGAAGAUGGAAGAUCAAGACAAGCGACAUGCUUUGGAGGCCAAACGCUUCGAGAUGGAUACAGCCUACUAUGGGAAGAUCAGCCAAGCUUUAGCAUCGUCCAACAGGGAACAUGACAUCACAAAGGAGAAGCUGUUCAGAGCAUCAAAAGUCAUCGAAGAUGAGAAGAGAAGGCAAAUCAUAGUGAAGGAUCAGAGAGAUGACAGAGUCAGGGGUCUCAUUGCUGAGUGGGAGGCAAAGCUGCAAGUCAAGGAGUCAGAGAAGCUAAAGAUCAUUGCAGAGAGAGAUCACUAUAUGGCUGAGAGAGACCACUACUUCAGGUAGAUGAAGAUUCAUCAGAAGGAAGU